GUUGAUGUGAGUAGCAGUUGCAGUGCACCACCACCAGGGUUUGCACAGCGAUACCCUCGAUCAUCUCACAAUGGUAAUACUUCAUACCGAGACCAACCAUGCAUGUGGAAGAGCAUCAUGAUCUUAUGAUUCUAGUCAGUCCCGUGAGCACGGCUGAAACUCGCUAUUAUUAGGAACAUGGAUGAUAUCUAUAAAAUUUUCAGGUUGUUGGGGUCGGUGUGGUCUUGCAGGAUUCAUGAAAUUAUCAAUCCUACCCUUGUUGUACUAGUACUUCUUGAGACAAUCAUGAUCAGCACCGGCAUCCAGGUUAGCAUCUCAACAUGAAUAGUGUAUGAUUGUGGCAGUGAAGGUGCUGAAAUCCUGUUAGGCUUCGUAUAAAGGCGAAUAACAUGUCAGCUACUUCUUCAUCGAUAUCGUUCCUUUGGGGCUUACAGGUCUCCAGCUAUUUCAAUGUCGCUGGGUUUGCAAUUUUGGUAUAUGAUUAUUGUAUCACACUGGAGACUGAGAUGCGCUGCAUUUGGGGAACUCGAUGGAAUACUUUACGAAUCACAUUUGGUGUUGCACGGUAUCUACCAUUCGCAAUUGCGGCAUUGGACAUAUACUUUGCUACGGUAACCCAUACGGGAAAUUGUAACUCCCUCAACCGGGCUUUGUUUGGCAUCACCAUCUUGGGAACUGUUGCUGCAGAAGUUUUACUAAUUCAGCGUACUUAUAUAUUCUGGAAAGGCAACAAGAAUAUGCUUGCAUGGCUUCUUGGAUUUGCAGUGUUCUUAGGCCUGGUGGCUUUUAUUCUCCCGAAUGAACUUGAAAAAUACGCUCCAACCGGAUACAUAAAUUCGGAUGGUUGUUUGUUUAUUACCAGCAGACAAUACGCAAUAGUAUACGGUGUGUUGAUACUGUAUGAACUUGUAAUGUUAUGUUUGAUUGUAUGCAGCCCCAUGACCGUGAACAUUUAUCGCAACGCCAUCAUGUACAUUGGUUGUAUCAUCUGUGAGGUUGCACCAAACCUUUCCUUGCUGCUACUGAUGGUCGAAUUUGCAGUGGUCACACUGAUCGACCUAAUUGUGACUGUCCUCGCUCCUGUUCCAUACACCUCUGCAAUUGUGACGUUACAGUCCACAAUGCAUAGCAUCCUCUCAUCUCGUGUUCUGUUUGACCUUUGUCGAACGGAAGCCCUAGAGUCUCAAAGUCUGAUCCACUAAUAUCCGAAGGCCUCAAUACAUGUAUCAAAAUGUUGUUGCAGAUGCCUGAAGAACCUCCUUCAGAAGUCUGCAUGAUCAACCCGUUUGCAUUCUAUGAUUAUGAACCCACCACUUAUUUAUGCUGUCGUAUUCUGCAUUAGCGUGCACGCUGGUCCUCACACCUG